AUGAACGGCAGCAACUUCCCCGCUGCCUCAGAGGCAUCCUCUGACCGAAUUCCCGACUUCACGGGACCCGAUGCCGUCCAGCCUCACCCCCUCAUCAACGAUCUCAUACCGGAUCAUCUUGGAGGUGGUGUGCUCAUCCCGCUGAAGACCACCCUUGAGGUCCGGCAAGACCAUACUAUCGUCCAUGGUCUCAUCACAAGAGCACCGACAAAGUCUGCCAACGAGGUCAUCACAUUGCUCCGUACUCUGCUGCCGGAAGGCGUGGCUAAGGGCCUCUUCCACCUGCGGCGAUGCGCAAAACCUUCGGACCUCCCCACCCAUCUCAAGACGCAAUUCAUGAACGCCACGCCCGAGGGCCGACAGAUCCAUACGGGCAAGUCCAGCUGGAUCUACAUCAUGCUCUGCGAGGACUCUGAAUUUAGCCGAGACGCUCUCACCGAGGAACUGGCCAAAGUCGAGGGCAUGGGCCAAGAGCCUUUCCUCGAGUCGGUGCCUAUUCCGUUGGUCGCCCCCACCUCACAGGUUCAAGCUGCCAUGUGGUCGUCGCAAUUCUGGCCCUGCGUCUACCGCAAAAACAACCCUCUCGGGCCUCAUCCCGCCUUGGUAGCCCGUGCCUCCGAUGUUGUCAAGGACGAAACGUCACUUUGGAUGGCCCUCGCCCACCGCGUCGCGCGCUCUGCGUACGACGCCGGCAUCGGCGAGCCCAUGGGCGCUGUCAUCAUUCAGCGGGAAAACGGAAAGUCGGAGCUUUUGGGACUUGCUGGGGAUGCCCGCUGGCACCAGGAACCGUCGCGGUCCGGCACCGGCAAUCCAAUGGCCCACUGCGUGCUUCGUGCUAUGAGCAUGGUCGCCCAGAAACUGGUGCGCCACGAGCGGCAGAAGGUUGGCCUGCCGUUCGUCCACUCGAAUCUCGAAUUCGACUGCUUCCAGGACCAACCCCUUCUGGAAGAGGAGCGGAUUCUUUUCGAGGAGGAACACCCCAAUUCCGAAGGCUACCUUUGCCACGGCCUCGAGCUUUACACGACCCACGAGCCCUGCGUGGAGUGCUCGAUGGCGAUGCUUCACUCGCGCAUGGGCAAGAUUGUGUUCUGCAAUCGCAUGCCCCUGACUGGCGGCAUCGCCUCGGAGCAGCGCGGAGAGGGCAUGCCUGAGCUCGCCGAGUAUGGUGGCGGGAACGGGCUUGGUCUUUUCUGGAGGCGCGAGCUCAACUGGAGCCUGCUGGCUUGGGAGUGGGAGCUGAGCGACAACCUCAAACCUCUGCCUCCUGUCGCACACACGCGCCAUGCCUAG